CUCAGCUCCAUGAGGAAAUUCAUUCCUUUGCAGAGCUGCACGGACUCUUGGAUUGGUCCAUCCCCCAAAACCUCGGUCCUGCACGGGCGGCGGGUUCUAAUCUUUGCGAAUACAAUCGAUCAAUUGAUUAGCGAGCCAGAAUUGUGUUAUUUCAUUUCUUGCCGGUAUCUUCUCUUUACAUGCUCAACCUCUUCACAAGACCUUUCUUUCUUUCAGUGAGAGCAGUGCGAUUGACAUCUUCUGCAUACCCAUUUUCUCGACUGCGGUCCUUCUCCAGUAAACAGACACUCCUCUUCAACAUGGCUGACCUCAAGGUCGAACUCACUGCCCCCAAUGGCAAGAAAAUCACCCUUCCCACCGGUCUUUUCAUCGACAACGAGUUUGUCAAGGCCACCUCGGGACAGAAACUCACGAGCAUAAAUCCUUCAGAUGAGUCGGAAAUCUGCUCCGUCGAAGCAGCAUCCGCAGACGACGUCGACAAGGCCGUCAAGGCUGCACGAGCCGCCUUCAACGACCCUUCCUGGCGAGAUCUCCCUGCCACCGACCGUGGUGCCCUCAUGUACAAGUUCGCCGAUCUGCUCGAAGCGAACAAAGAGACCUUAGCCACACUCGAGACCUGGGACAAUGGCAAACCUUACAGCGUCGCCCUGAAUGAAGAUCUAGGCGAAGUCAUUGGCACAAUGAGAUACUACGCCGGCUGGGCCGACAAGAUCCAGGGCGAGACCAUCCCUACCAGCCCUCAAAAAUUCGCAUACACUCUCAAACAACCCAUUGGCGUCUGCGGCCAGAUCAUUCCCUGGAACUACCCGCUCGCCAUGGCUGCCUGGAAACUCGGCCCUGCCCUGGCCUGCGGCAACACAAUCGUCCUGAAGCCCGCUGAGCAAACACCCCUCUCGAUUCUGUACCUGGCGAAGCUUAUCCCCGAAGUCUUCCCCAAGGGCGUCAUCAACAUUGUCAACGGCUUUGGGCGUGAGGCCGGCCACGCGCUCGCCUCGCACCUGGACGUCGACAAGAUUGCGUUCACAGGCAGCACGGUCACCGGCAAGCAGAUCAUGAAGACGGCCAGCGUGAACAUGAAGAACAUUACACUCGAGACGGGCGGGAAAUCGCCCCUUUUGGUGUUUGACGAUGCCGAUCUCGACCAGGCCUCCAAGUGGGCGCACAUUGGCAUCAUGAGCAACAUGGGUCAAAUCUGUACAGCGACGUCCCGUGUCCUAGUCCAGGACAGCGUGUACGACAAGUUCGUCGAGCUGUUCAAGGAGGUGGUCAAGUCGACGUCCAAGGUCGGCGAUCCAUUCGCGGACGACACGUUCCAGGGCCCCCAGGUCACCAAGGCCCAGUACGAGCGCGUGUUGGGGUACAUUGAGGCCGGCAAGAGUGAAGGCGCGACAUUGGCGAGCGGCGGUGUCCCGCACAAGAACGUCGGUGGGGGCAAAGGGUUCUUCAUCGAGCCGACCGUCUUCACGAACGUCAAGGACGACAUGAAGAUUUAUCGCGAGGAAGUUUUCGGCCCGUUCGUCGUCAUUGCCUCGUUCAAGACCGAGGAGGAGGCCCUCCGCAUGGCGAAUGAUACGACUUAUGGCUUGGGAAGUGCCGUCUUCACCAAGGACAUCGAGCGUGCGCAUCGGGUGGCGCAACGCAUCGAGGCCGGCAUGGUCUGGAUCAACAGCAGCAACGAUUCGGAUUUCCGCGUGCCGUUCGGAGGUGUCAAGCAAUCCGGCAUUGGGAGGGAACUGGGCGAGGCCGGACUGGCCGCGUACUCCCAGACAAAGGCCGUGCAUGUCAAUAUAGGGUGCAAGCUGUAAGAAGCUCUUUAAGGGGUGGGGGCCGGUUGUUCGCUGUUUGUUGAACAGUGCUUGGCUUGGCUUGGGCUGGCUCGCGACAAUGUCUACAAUAAAUAGCCUUGAUGUGGAAGGAAGAAGGAGGCUUGGCUUACUUGCUCCCGUGAGCGGAGGAUUCCCAUGACAUUAACUGACCCUGUCUGUGCGACGGAGGAUUCACAACGAGAAUGGUAUAUACCCGAACAGAUCUGAAGGUGAAGGUGAAGGUGAAGAUGAAGAUGAAGAUGAAGAUGACGCCAAGCGAAGCGAAACUUUGAAGCGAAACUACUUCAUCCGGAUCACGAUCUUAAUGACUUCCACAUACUAAGUACUUUAGGAAGAAUGAAAAGGAACAGAGGCAUUAUCAAUCACCAUUGCAAAAGAGGCCCGAUCUGACCUUGAC